AUGCCGGUCUUUCUACUAGCUCUGUUGAAAAUAAACCCAAGGAAGGCAUCAACAUUGCCAGGAGUGAGGAAUACCAUAGCUCUGUCUUCGCAUGAACGCCUCAUCUGGCAAGAAGUGCACAAACUUAUUUCCUCUUCAGAUAAGGAAAUUGCUGGCCAACUAUAUGUCGAUCAUGUCAUGAAGCCUUUGCUUGGAUCCAAAUAUGUUGAUGCUGGGACUCACAUUCUGGUAACCAAGGAAUUCCUAAAGACUGUUGAGAAGAAUGUUGAUAGUCAGCGUCCUGCUGGGCGAGUUGAUGUUUCCCAGGUUGAUAAGCAAUGUGAUUUUGCUCUUCUCAUGUCGGAUCACUCAAUCUUCCCUCACGAUGGUCAAGGAUCUAGCCAUAGUAUAUCAGUUGGAAUAAAGCCUAAAUGCGGAUUUCUUCCUCUUUCAACAUUCAUAUCUGAAGGAACUGCUAUCAAAAAGACGACAACUCGAUUCGAAAUGCAUCAUGGCUCUGAAAUUGCAACGUGGAGGGAUUUCACAGCGGAGUGUGUACAACCCACUUGA